GCAUCCCUUCAUCCUGCAAGCACCAAGGCCGUUCAGAACCUCCAACGGAACGCUGCCAUGCUACGGUGAUUGUCACCGAUAUCCCCGGAGGCUCUCCAGUCACGAGAGGAACGAGAGGAUAGAUUCAAACUAUCCGAAUCCAGGGCACAAAGGCGUCGCAUGGUAUCGCUUUGGCGCGUAUGCAUCUUUCGAGUUCAUGCGCACCCUUGCGCACCUCGACGGUAUUUACAUAUGCUUGCUCAGACAAUUGUGCACAAUUACAAAAAUAUAUCCAGGGUGUCCAUGUCGAUACCCGUCCUCGGACCCCCUCUCACGCUCGUUGCGCUCUAACCAACGUCAAAAUUGCUCAUAUCGCUGUUGCCCUGUCUAGGCCCUAUCGCUCUCAGGUGCCUUAAUAUGCGCUGCUUUCUAUUGCCCUUACUGCUCAAGUCGACACAGUGUCGACACGCAUUGUUUGCAAGCACAUCAUUGCCUCAAAACCCACGGCCGGUGGCUAACUCGAUCGAAAGGCACGCCAGAUAACGUUCCUCAUAUCGCUUCCACAUCAUCUCAGUAUGCACCUCCCACUAUCAAACUCCACUGUUUUUGGCUAUUGCUAGCCAUUUACUCCAGCUGACAUUGCAGCAGUGUAUCGCUCAUGGUGUACGGCAUCAAUGCCUUGCCCUCUCUUACUCAUGUAGCGCUCAAGGACCCAUGCCAAUCGUCUGGGAGAAAGUCUGGCUGUAUCUGGUAUCCUCGACGUACAUAACGCACGUGAUCAUUGUCGCAAUCCAUCCUUCUCUUUG